GAACCCAAAGUCGUUGGACGGAGUCGUUGAACCGUAUUACCAAACCCACUUCAUCCACCGUCUCUCUCUUUCCUUCCGAACCUGCUCUGGUUUUCCACCAAUAAAACUCGGCCUCCAGGAGCCAUCUCGCCACCAAACCACCACCUAUUCUUUCACACUGAUGGCGGCGGCGAGUGGCUUCGCGACCUCUCUUUCAUCUACCAAUUGUAGUAUUCAUUCAGAGGCUAAAUUGAAGUACGAUUGUCGCAGCAAUUCCCUCCGUAUUUGCGGCUCAUCUAAUUGUUCCGUGGCUUGUUUUCCUCCGCAGACGAGAAUUUUUUGCAAUAAUUCGAGGUACAAGGCUGUGAUUCCGGUGACCAAGUCCUUCAGAUUAAACCCUAGAUGUGAAGUUGCUCCGAACGCGGAGAUCCCACCCAGGUCCUCGAAUCUCAUGGCUUUGGAGCUCCUGAAGACCUCCGCUGCUAAUCGUUAUACAAAGGAAAGUAGCAGUAUUGUGGUCGUCGGGCUUAACUACCGCACAGCACCCAUUGAGAUACGUGAGAAGCUUUCUAUUCCAGAAGCACAAUGGCCUCAAGCGAUUGGUGAACUAUGUGCUCUAAAUCAUAUAGAGGAAGCUGCUGUUCUUAGUACUUGCAACAGGUUGGAAAUAUAUGUUUUGGCUCUGUCUCAACAGCGUGGCAUUAAAGAAGUGACUGAAUGGAUGUCUAAGAUAAGUUCAGUUCCAGUUCCGGAGCUAUGUCAGCACAGAUUCUUGCUUUUUAAUAAAGAUGCUGCAGAACACCUCUUUGAAGUAUCUUCUGGGCUUGAUUCCCUUGUUUUAGGAGAGGGUCAAAUUCUUUCCCAGGUAAAACAAGUUGUUAAAACUGGUCAAGGAGUCCCUGGAUUUGACCGCAAAAUUAGUGGGCUGUUUAAGCAUGCAAUCAGAGUGGGAAAACGUGUUAGAACAGAGACCAGUAUCUCCACUGGGUCAGUAUCAGUUAGUUCAGCUGCUGUCGAGCUUGCUAUGAUGAAACUUCCAGAAUUUUCACAUGCUUCAGCGAGAAUGUUGGUUGUCGGAGCUGGCAAGAUGGGAAAGCUUGUGAUCAAACACUUGGCAGCAAAGGGAUGCAGAAGAAUGGUUGUUGUCAACAGAACAGAGGACAAAGUAGCUUCAAUUCGUCAGGAGCUCAAGGGUGUUGAGAUAGAAUAUAGGCCUCUGUCGGAUGUGUUAGCAUGUGCUGCAGAAGCGGAUGUUGUUUUCACGUGUACUGCUUCAGAAACUCUUUUAUUUUCAAAAGAUCAAGUUCAGACGCUCCCCCUUGUGGGCUCUCAUGUUGGAGGCCAGAGGCUAUUCAUUGACAUUUCUGUUCCUAGGAACGUCGGAGCAUGUGUAUCAGAUAUUGAGACCGUUCAAGUUUACAAUGUAGAUGAUUUGAAGGAAGUAGUGGCUACUAACAAGGAAGAUCGACUGCAGAAAGCAAUGGAAGCUCAGGCAAUCAUUAUAGAAGAAGUGAAACAAUUUGAGGCAUGGAAGGACUCCCUUGAGGCUGUUCCAACCAUCAAGAAGCUUAGGGCAUAUGCAGAAAGAAUCAGGGCUUCUGAGCUGGAAAAGUGUCUGUCAAAGAUGGGGGACGAUAUCCCAAAGAACCAAAAGAAAGCUAUCUAUGAUCUUAGCGUAGGAAUUGUGAACAAGCUCCUUCAUGGUCCAAUGCAGCACUUGCGCUGUGAUGGCAAUGAUACCCGGAGUCUCAAUGAAAUAUUGGAGAACAUGCAUGCACUUAACAGAAUAUUUAGUCUUGACACGGAGGUAGCUUUAUUGGAGCAGAAAGUACGGGCAAAGGUCGAACAAAAUAAAAAAGGAGUGUCUUGAGUGCACAUGCUUUCUCUCUGAUGCGAUGUUUUAUUAGUUUCUUUUUUUUUUCUGGAGGGAAACUCCCUCCAUAGGCACUUGAAUUCAUUUGAGAGUCAUCACAUUCUUUGGAGUCUUGUAUAACUUUGUAUAGGUGCGGCCGCCCAGUCCAAGGGAUGGCUUUAACGUCCCUUUUGUAUUGCGUAGACUACACUCACUAUAGGAGAGAAAGAAGUAACUCGAAAUGUAGUUUAGCGAGAUGAAAUAAAAGAAUCAUACAAGUUUGUAGGCA